CCCCCACGCUGCUCACACUCCUCCCUCUCUCUCCACAAUGCACCAAGCAAUUCCUUACCGGACCUCCCUCCCCGCCGCCACCACACGCGACCUCCCCGUCGCCGGAGCAAUCCGAGAAGGCAAAACCGUGGAUCCAGCUUACGUCACCGCAAUGGUUUCGGAGAACGCGGUGAUAAUCAUCGGGACACGUGGUUGCUGCUUGUGCCACGUCGUCAAGAGGUUGUUACAAGGUCUUGGAGUCAACCCUCCUGUCUAUGAGGUUGAUGAAGAUCGUGAAGCUGCUGUGGUUGGUCAGCUGUCAUCCCACGCUUGCUGCGGCGGCGAGACAGUGCAGUUUCCGGCGGUGUUUGUUGGCGGGAAGUUGUUUGGAGGGUUGGAAAGGGUUAUGGCCACUCAUAUAUCAGGUGAAUUGGUUCCUCUGCUUAAGGAUGCUGGUGCCUUGUGGCUUUGACUAGUAGCUACCUACCUCUUUCCCCCUUUUGGUUGUAGAAAAAUGUUUCUUGUACCUCUUAUAAUUAGGCUUUAAAUUACUAUUACUGUUUAGUAGUGGAGUUUGAGAUUAAGUGAUUUAACAUCACUUAUCCUCAAAAUUUGAUGCAAUAUGUUGAGAUGUAAUUUAAAGCAUAUGAAUGGAGAAGCUAGAAAAGGAGAUUGAGAUUUUGUA